AUGCCUACCGUCUCGGUGGAUAAAUAUGCGCUCUUCAAAGAGCUUGGGCGGGAUUACACUACGGAGGAAUUCGACGAGCUAUGCUUUGAGUUCGGCAUCGAGCUCGACGAAGAUACCGAAAACCAACCCCGAGCCGAAAAUGAAGCCCCGCAACUGAAAAUUGAUAUACCCGCAAACAGAUAUGAUCUGCUUUGUUUCGAGGGUAUUGCAUUGAUGCUCAACGUUUUCCUGGGCCGCAAGCCAUUCCCAAAUUAUCGACUAGUGCAACCUACAAGUGGACAGCUGGAAAAGAUCAUCGUCAAAGAAGAUACAACCAAAAUCAGACCUUACGUCGCCGGUGCCAUUCUGCGAGGAGUGAAGUUCGACGAGGCGCGAUACCAAUCUUUCAUCGGUCUACAAGACAAGCUACAUCAGAAUAUUGCCCGCCAGCGGACACUUGUCUCUAUUGGUACUCACGAUCUGGACACCAUCGAAGGCCCGUUCACAUACGAAGCUCUUCCACCGAAGGAGAUCCGCUUUACCCCGCUAAAUCAGACGAAGGAGAUGAAUAGCGAAGAGCUUAUGGCCUUUUACGAUAAAGAUAAGCACCUUGGUCGAUACCUUCACAUCAUUCGGGAUUCGCCUGUGUAUCCUGUGAUUUACGACUCGAAGCGAACUGUCUGCUCCCUACCACCUAUUAUCAAUGGAGAUCACUCAAAGAUUACAUUGGACACAAAGAACGUUUUCAUUGAGAUUACAGCCCUUGAUAAGACAAAAUUGGAAAUCGUCAACAAGAUUAUGGUCACCAUGUUCUCCCUGUACACUUCGGAACCUUUCACUAUCGAGCCCGUUGAGAUUGUCUCGGAACACAAUGGCGAGACGAGAGUGACCCCAGAUAUCUCGCCACGCACGACACAGGCCGAGCUUUCGUACAUCAACCAAUGUUGUGACCUAAACCUAUCCGCGGACGAGGUAUCUCGCUUGUUGACAAAGAUGGCGUACAAGGCGCGUCCUUCAAAGACGUCCAGCGAUCUCAUUGAUGUUGACAUUCCUCCCACCAGGGCGGAUAUCCUACAUCAAGUCGACAUCAUGGAAGAUGUUGCUAUCGCAUAUGGAUUCAAUGAGCUGCCACGCAGCUUCCCCAGCAAGUCGGGCACUAUCGCUCAGCCUCUUCCGGUCAACAAGCUCACAGAUAUUAUACGCAUGGAGGCGGCGAUGGCCGGCUGGUCUGAAGUGUUACCAUUGAUUCUUUGCUCACAUGAUGAGAACUUUGCGUGGUUGAACCGCAAGGAUGACGGCAACACCGCAGUCAAGCUUGCCAACCCAAAGACUCUUGAGUUCCAAGUCGUGCGAACCAGCUUACUUCCGGGUCUAUUGAAGACUCUUAAGGAAAAUAGGAUGCACAGUGUGCCUAUGAAAAUUUUCGAGGUUAGUGAUGUGGCUUUCAAGGACUUGUCUCUGGAGCGUAAGAGCCGGAACGAGAGACAUUUCGCUGCAGCCUGGUAUGGCAAAACCAGCGGUUUUGAAGUUGUACAUGGCCUGCUGGAUCGCGUAAUGGCGAUGUUGAAGAGCGCAUUCAUUACUGGUGAGGAAGGGUUAGAGAACACUGCUGUGAACGAUUCUCGCUACUGGAUUGAAGAGCUAGAUGACCCCACGUACUUCCCUGGCCACGCAGCCUCAGUUCAUGUCAAUAUCGGUGGAAAGGAACAGGUUAUCGGCUCCUUCGGAAUCUUGCAUCCCACAGUCUUGGAGAACUACGAGCUUAAGCUACCUGUCAGCACUCUUGAAUUGAACAUUGAGGCGUUCUUGUAG